AUGUUAGAAAUUAAAAAGCUGAUAAAUAUUUUAGCUUUGUCUAUAUUAAUUAAUGUUACCAGUUGCGAAAAGGUUUUCAAAAGUGUCCCAGUGAUUUUCAAGAUAUACGAAAAUGAAACCGUGUUAAUACCCUGUUAUAUUGACGACAAUGAAACAGUUGUCCGCGUCCGGUGGUACAAGAACGAUAAGCUGCUGGGAGACACUCUGGAUCAGCACCACCUGCUACCGCCCAGGAUACGCAUGCACGCUAACUACAGCCUGCAAGUGGACGCCCUGGGAGCGCAUGAUACUGCUGAUUACACUUGUGAGGUCGUCCGGCCAGAACCCUGGGGUCCGAUCAAGCAAACACAUUCCAUUGAAGUGCAAUGUUCCCCAACGGUGCGAACAAUCCCAGAAGACGGAUUUUUAGAAGUACGCAAAGGGGAAUACGUGGACAUCGGAUGCGAAGCUACUGGUACACCUAAACCAACUUUUGAGUGGAGAAAAAAUGGUGAACCAAUGGCGCUCCUGGAGCAUCGCGCACGCAUUAAAUUCAGAGCAGAACACAGACUUCUGGCCGGAGUGUACGAGUGCACUGCUAGCAACGGAGUUGGCGAUCCCGUGAGGGCCGCCAUAAGAGUGAUUAUACAAGAUGCGCCAGUAGUGAAAGUCGAUCGGAGCUUCGUUCACACCGCGGUUGGGCUCCGCGCGGCACUGGUGGCGACGCUGGAGUUUGCAGCACCACCCGCCAACACCGCCUGGUUCAGGGACGGCAGCCCGGUCAAGACUGAUGACAGAAUAGUUAUCAUGGUUCAAGAAAAUCACCAUCAGCUAAUAUUUCGGUCCGUAAGGAAAUCGGAUUUUGGCAACUAUACUUUCCGCGCCGAGAAUAAACUGGGAAUGGCAGACGUCUCCUUUAAACUUACCGGUAUACCAAACGUAGCAUCCUUCAAAGUUGACCACGCUCUAAAUAAAGCGACAGCCACAAGCUUCACUCUCAUUUGGGAAGUGGAUUCCUACUCCACCAUUAUAGAAUAUAAUCUUUGGAUCCGUCCGUACUACGGUAGACUCGUCUCUGCGGAACCCGAUGCGCUGACAACGGUCCCGCAGGAGAAUUCAUGGAGCAAGAUCGUCGUGCCCGGAGACUCAAGUGAUGGACCCAUCCACAGUGCAAGUUACACUGUAAGGGGACUCACCCCUUCAACGGUGUAUGAAGCUAUCGUCACCUCAAGAAAUAGAUUUGGAUGGAGUAAGCCGUCAGCAGUUUUACACUUUGCCACAGAACCUGGAGCGGGCCGAACUCUACCGUCGACAUCGUCAGAUUACACAGACUUCACUCCAACAUUAGAGGAGCCCGAAUCUGAUCAGCCACAAAACAUCACACAGGCGUACGUUUUCGAACGCCUUAACGAGCUGCCAAUGUCAGAUGCAGGAACCCGGGAAAAAUUUGACAGCGUCGCCAUUUUAAUGUUAUUUGUACCAUCAUUUUUAAUUACGUUUAGUUGA